AUGGCAGAUACGACACAAUUCCCGCCUGGAACGCUGUAUUUAGAGCGAAUUCUCGACGCCCACAAUGCAGAAGUCGUACUACAUCCGAUCCCAAGUACUUAUGUGAACGACCCCCUGAACUGGCCGAAAUGGUACAAGGCAGUGAACUUUACCCUUGUCUGUUACUACACUCUCAUGGUCUUCGUGGCCAUUGAUAUUGGAACCGUCAUAUACGGACAGCUCAAUGAAGACCUGGGCAUUUCGUUCGAGGUCUGCAACAUAUCUUUCGGUGUUAACACAGCUGGUUUGGCCGUCGGAUGCAUACUCUUCAUUCCGUUCGCUCUCAAGUUUGGUCGCAGGCCAGUGUACUUGAUGAGUAUUGCAGUGAGCCUGGCCACUUGUAUCUGGCAGGGGAAAAUGCAGACGUCCGGAGACCUUCUUGGCUCAAACCUUGUUGCUGGCCUUGCAGGCGCAACUGCAGAGACGAUCUGCCAAAUGACGAUCGCCGAUAUCUUUUUCGUGCAUCAGAGAGGCGCCGCGAAUGCUGUAUACCUCUUCAUGGUCAACGUUGGAGCCUUCCUCUCGUUGAUCCCGGCCGGGUAUAUUGCGGCCUCGCAAGGCUGGCGCUGGAUCUGGUGGUGGUCUAGCAUCCUGCUGGGCAUAUGCUUGCUUUUGUUCUUCUUCUUCUACGAAGACACGAAGUACACUCCUAUGACCUAUGGCGUUCGACCUCCAGAAAACGGUGAUGUCGAGGAGUCGUUUUCCGCGCCGGAUGAAGAUCUCAAAGGUCUUCCACAAGUGACGGCCACCAGCUCACGAAACUUGGACAGUAGUAUCCCUCGAAAGCCGUAUCUUCAGCGACUAGCGCUCGUCAACAAUACACCUGGCUGGCAUACUUUCUUCUGCCACACCUAUCAGCCCUUCAUCAUUCUGGCCACUCUUCCUGCUAUCACCUUCUCGGCUCUUACGUACGGCUCUCUUCUGGCAUGGUUCUCUAUGGUGGUAACCACAUACAGCGUGUACUUCACCAUGCCCCCGUACAACUUUGGGUCCGCAGGGAUCGGUCUCAUGAAUCUUCCGCCCUUCAUAGGUGGUUUGAUCGGCUCGAUAUUUGCGGGCUUAGCGACUGACCGGCUUUGGACCGCUCUACCAGGCGUUAUCAUAAUGCCUUUCUCGCUGUUGUGGCUCGGCUUUUCGACGGCAGAUGGAAACGCCUGGAUCGUGCCAGCCGUGGCGCUCGGCUUCUUUGGAUUUGGCUUCGUUGUUCUGGGAGAUGUUGCUCUUACGUAUGCCAUGGACAGUUACACCGAUAUUGUUGGAGACGCCUUCAUCGGAAUUGUUUUCGUGCGCAACGUCUUUGCAACUAUCAUUGCCACAACUCUGACACAAUGGACCGAUGGCAUCGGAUUGAAGAACGUCUUCAUUAUGGGAACCGUUCUCGGCCUCGCACUCUCGUUGUUGACCAUCCCGAUGAUGAUCUGGGGCAAGAGGUUGAGAGUAUGGACCAAGGAUCGCUAUGGUGUUUACGCUGCACGACAGUAUGCCUCUAGAGCAGAUUGA